AGUUAAGCUAUGCGUAUAAAAUUAAUACCUACGGACUAAGAUCAUGCGGCGUACUUAAUAUGAGAACCUCCUGCACUGUGAACAAAGCGAUAAGGUAAAAUAUAAUUUUCAGAAACAAUUCAGAAACAACAACUUUCGUUUAGAACAGUAAUAAUUGCUGUUUUGCUAAUAACACAGUUCCUUCAAUUUAUAACACAUUAACCCAUCAACAACAAUUAAAACUUUACACAAACAAUUAAUUGUUCGAAACUUUUGUUUUCAAUAUUUAAACAAUCCUUGGAAAAUGGAUUAUAUAAAUUGAAGUCUUCAACACACUACUGAAAUUCUCAACAAUAGACUUUCGCUAUCAGAUCAGAAAACGGAACAAUGGUGAUAAAAAACACGGAACUAUUUCUCGGUCGUCCGAAAAGAAUCUUAGGUUUUUUUGGUAUUUGGCCUCAUCCACCAAACUAUAUCAUAUUUAGGAAAUUGUACAUGCUCUUUGUUAUGUGGACUCAGUAUUCCUUUCUGCUAUUCGAAAUUAUUUACAUCGCAGAAGUAUGGGGCAAUAUGAACGAGGUUUCCGAAGCCUCAUACCUGCUAUUCACUCAGGCGUCUUUGUGUUACAAGUCUACAGCUUUCAUGGUAAACAAGAACAACUUAAUAGAGCUUUUGGGGUACAUGGAUGACGAUAUUUUUAAACCGAAAUCUGUUGUGCAUGAGAAAAUUCUAGCUACCCAAGCUCGCAAGAUAAGGCGUCUGUGUUUGUUCUUCCUGACGAGCGCUACCACCACCUGCACGCUCUGGGCUAUGAUACCGCUGUUUGAUGAUGCCAGCAAGCGGUCAUUCCCGUUUCGAAUCUGGAUGCCGGUGACCCCACUGAAGUCUCCUGGGUACGAGAUUGGUUACAUCUACCAGAUGGUCAGCAUCUACAUCAGCGCGUUCCUCUUCAUAUCUGUUGACAGCGUCGCCGUCUGUAUGAUCAUGUUCGGAUGUGCCCAGCUUGAGAUUAUCAUGAACAAAAUAGAAAAGAUACAAAACGUGUCUCUAUCAUCAAAGUCGAAAGGAAAUAAUGACGGAAGUAUAAAAAAUAAUAACGAGCUUCUCAUUGAAUGCAUAAAACAGCAUCAAACUGUGGAAAGAUUUAUUCAACUUUGUGAAGACACAUACCACGCGAACAUAUUCUUCCAACUGACUGGCACCGUCGUUAUAAUCUGCAAUAUCGGACUGAGGAUUUCCAUCGUGGAACACGACAGCGUCCAGUUCUACUCGAUGCUAAAUUACAUGGUGACCAUGUUGUCACAGCUAUUCCUUUACUGCUGGUGUGGGCACGAACUAACAAUAAGGAGUGAAAAUCUCCGAGAUUGGCUGUACUUGUGUCCCUGGUAUGAACAGGACAUAAAGUUCGCGCGCUCCUUGUGGAUAGCCAUGGAACGAAUGAAGAAACCUAUCAUCUUUAAAGCUGGACACUAUAUAUCUUUGUCUAGACCUACUUUCGUUGCGAUUCUACGUUGUUCAUAUUCUUACUUCGCAGUCUUGAACAGAGUUAACACAGAAUAAAACAAAAUUCACAAAUUAAUUAUUUAUUUAUAAACCGUGUAGGUAUCACAUAUGCUUAGUGUAACAUUCACGACAUUUUAGGCGAAAGUGUGCUUAAUUAUAAUGAAAAAAUAUCAUUUUUUUUAUUCUUGUAACACUCAACGAUACAUAAGGCCUUGUACACACUUUGCAAUAUUUUAUUACGAUGUUGUCCUGUAAUAUCUUCACAAAAAAAAUCGCCAGCGAUAGAAUGUAUUACAUUUUUUUUGUAUUUACAAAAUAUUACAGAGUGUGUAAGACCGACAAAGUUUUUAGUCAAAUCGAUAAAUUCGUGCGCUUAAAUUAAAACAAGUAGCAUAAAGGCGAACGUGUAAAAACAAUUACAACCACGUUUUAGAAUUUAUAUUCGCAAUAAUAGGAGACGAGUGGAAUGUUUAUAAAGAAA